CAUACAGAGCAGGAGAUGUGUUGGUUAGGAACAACUGACCAGUAUUUAAAAGUGAAGAUUUUUGUGACUGUUUAACCUUAACGCCCUAUACUGAACUAAGAUUAGUUGUCUUGGAAAUACUACUUUGGGAAGCAUACCAAGAUAUAUCAGAUCCAGGGCAGUCACAUAAAGUUAUGCUGGUUGUGUGUUGUACAGUCCCUAAGCCAUGGCUCUGAAAGGACAAGAAGAUUAUAUUUAUCUGUUCAAGGAUUCGUCGCAUCCAGUGGAUACUCUGGAUGCAUUCAGAACAUUUUACUUGGAUGGAUUAUUUACUGAUAUUACCCUUCAGUGCCCUUCAGGCAUAAUCUUCCAUUGUCACCGAGCUGUUUUAGCUGCUUGCAGCAAUUAUUUUAAGGCAAUGUUCACAGCUGACAUGAAAGAAAAAUUUAAAAAUAAAAUCAAACUUUCUGGUAUCCACCAUGAUAUUCUGGAAGGCCUUGUAAAUUAUGCAUACACUUCCCAAAUUGAAAUAACUAAAAGAAAUGUUCAAAGCCUGCUUGAAGCAGCAGAUCUGUUACAGUUCCUUUCAGUAAAGAAGGCUUGUGAGCAGUUUUUGGUAAGGCACCUGGAUAUUGAUAAUUGUAUUGGAAUGCACUCCUUUGCAGAAUUCCAUGUGUGUCCAGAACUAGAGAAGGAAUCUCAAAGAAUACUCUGUUCAAGGUUUAAGGAAGUAUGGCAACAAGAAGAAUUUCUGGAAAUCAGCCUUGAAAAGUUUUUCUUUAUCUUGUCCAGAAAGAAUCUUAGUGUUUGGAAAGAAGAAGCUAUCAUAGAGCCAGUUAUUAAGUGGACUGCUCAUGAUGUAGAAAGCCGAAUUGAAUGCUUAUAUAAUCUACUAAGCUAUAUCAACAUAGAUGUAGAUCCAGUAUUCUUAAAAACAGCUUUAGGUCUUCAAAGAAGCUGCCUAUUAACCGAAAAUAAAAUACGGUCUCUAAUAUACAACGCUUUGAAUCCCAUGCAUAAAGAGAUUUCCCAGAGGUCCACAGCCACAAUGUACAUCAUUGGAGGCUAUUACUGGCAUCCUUUAUCAGAGGUUCACAUAUGGGAUCCUUUGACAAAUGUUUGGAUUCAAGGAGCAGAAAUACCAGAUUACACUAGGGAAAGCUAUGGAGUUACAUGUUUGGGACCCCACAUUUAUGUAACUGGGGGUUACAGGACGGAUAACAUAGAAGCUCUUGACACAGUGUGGCUGUAUAACAGUGAAAGUGAUGAAUGGACAGAAGGUUUGCCAAUGCUCAAUGCCAGGUAUUACCACUGUGCGGUCACCUUGGGUGGCUGUGUCUAUGCUUUAGGCGGUUAUAGAAAAGGGGCUCCAGCAGAAGAGGCCGAGUUCUAUGACCCAUUAAAAGAGAAAUGGAUUCCUAUUGCAAACAUGAUUAAAGGUGUGGGAAAUGCUACUGCCUGUGUCUUACAUGAUGUUAUCUACGUCAUUGGCGGCCACUGUGGCUACAGAGGAAGUUGCACCUAUGACAAGGUCCAAAGCUACAAUUCUGAUAUCAAUGAAUGGAGUCUCAUCACCUCCAGUCCACAUCCAGAAUAUGGAUUGUGUUCAGUUCCCUUUGAAAAUAAGCUCUAUCUAGUUGGUGGACAAACUACAAUCACGGAAUGCUAUGACCCUGAACAAAAUGAAUGGAGAGAGAUAGCUCCCAUGAUGGAAAGGAGGAUGGAGUGUGGUGCUGUCAUCAUGAACGGCUGUAUUUAUGUCACUGGAGGAUAUUCCUACUCAAAGGGAACAUAUCUUCAGAGCAUUGAGAAAUAUGAUCCGGAUCUCAAUAAGUGGGAAAUAGUGGGCAAUCUUCCAAGUGCCAUGCGGUCCCAUGGAUGUGUUUGUGUGUAUAAUGUCUGACCAAAUCCACAAAUGAUAGAAUAAUCACUGUUUGGAGCAUAGAAGAAAAGAAUGUAGGGUUUGGUGUCUUUUACUUGCUACUGUGACUGGGCACAUAGUAGCGGAUUACUAAAUUUUAAUUCCUAACCUUCACAUUACCCCUAAACCCAGUGAUUAAUGGUUAAGAAAAAAACAUAUGUAAAUAUACACUUGAAUCAAUAGGGUCAUCCUCUAAAAUCUCUGCUUUUCAAAAUUAAUAUGGAACAUUGGACUCUUGGUAAAAGGUGAAAUACCUUGUGAUGAAUCUUUUCCUCCUUGGUAGCAUUUACACUGGGUAUAGGUAAAAAUCAUUCUAUGGACUGAAAUGUUUCUUGUGACUCUAAUGUCACAGACAGUGUAUAUUAUGAUUCCAUUUAAUGAUCAGGAAUUUGAAAUUUAAAGAGGGACUCUUUUCUACCUCUAUAAAAUCAAUAAACAUUUUUUCUUCAUUGUUAUUAGAAUGUGGGCUUACUUUGUCUAGCUUUUUUCCCUUUGUAAAGUAUAUAAUUGUUGUUACUCUAUAUUUACUGACUACCAGAGAUAUACAAACUGUGCAAAGAUCAUUACUGUUCAAAUAAUUUACAAAUUCAAUUAAAAAUAGUAGAAAAUCUGAAAAAUUGCAGGGAAAAUAGGCAUAUGUUUACUAAUGCUAAAGACUUUUUAAUUUUCAGCUUUGAUGUAAACUUCUAGUUUAGGUGCCUUUAAUUUAAGCAUGUCAGAAAAUUCUUUAUUCUUAAUUUUAGAUACAUAUCUGCAUAUAAAAUUGAAUUUUAGAACUAGAAAGUAUGCAUAACAGUUGUGAUAUGGUAGAAAAAACAUUGAUGAAAAUAAAGAAAUUUGAGUUCAGUUCCCAGCUCAGGUUGAGUAAUUUAACCUUUCCUUGAUAUAGAGCUUCCCAACCCAUGUGAACUGGCACUGUGUGUCAUACAGAUGUCUAGAUGGAUCACCUCAGCUCUAGGAGUAGCUGGACUGGAGGCCUGCGGGACUGAAGCUUCUGGGCAAGAAACACCUUUGUCCAUUUACCUCAGUUUGCCUACAAUGCCGCUUUGUGCAUGUGCUAUAACAUUGCUUAAGAAAACUCAUCUAAACUUGUAGUAAUUUGCAAGACCCUCUGUUCCAAACUCUUCGUUUUUUUUUAAAGAGACAGUAAUUAUUUUUAACUUUGAACACUGAAUGUUCUGGUUUGCUAAUGCUGCCAUUAUGCAAAAUACCAGAAAUGGAUUAGUUUUUAUAAAGGAGGGUUAUUUGGUUAC